UGUUUCCUGCUGCCAUUGACUAAAACCGAGAGCUGGCAUCCUGCGGGGGGAAAGCAUCAAACAGCUUUACACUUUUGCGUCCAUACAGGCGGUUAUUUCUUAUUUCUAAAUGUUUUUUUUAUUUAUUUUUUUUAUACCUGAAGGCAUACUGAUCAUAUGAACUAAUGUCUGUGAACGCCUGUAGGCCUACGAUCAUUUAUGAUUGAUCGAGAUGAUAUAAAUGUGAAUCGGUCAAGGUCCGCGCUCCCAAUGCAACAGCCACGGCUGGAUUUUCAAGCUGCUGGUGGGAAACAUCUGCUGCAAGCAUUCGGAUGAAUUUCUAAUAUUUCUUUUUAAUUUAAUAUUGGCUGGUGAGAUGAUUGAGAUUGUCGGUGUUUGAGCAGCGUGGGAGCCUCACUGUGGGAAUGACAUGCUGCAGUAAAGACGGGAAACUGGAAAUAAUGGAUUAGAACACAAUGGAUUGAUGUGACUGCGACACUUUAAACGAAAAACAAAAAUGCUUUACAAUCUUCGCAUUGUGCUGAAAUCUUUAAUAUGACUCAGUAAGUCGUUUUUUUAAUUUAUUUUUUUGCCAGUGGACUGUGUCACAUUGACUGAACAGUAGCCUAUUUGUAAAACCCAUCAGCUUAUCAUCUGAACCGUUUCACAGUAGAUAUAACAACUGACAUUAACCCAAAGAAGGAUUGAGGACCGAUCUGAAGAGAGGACACCAUGUCGGCGGUGAUGAUAACCCGAAAGGUGCGAAAAUGGGAGAAGCUCCCUGGAAAAAACACUUUCUGUUGCGACGGACGGGUGAUGAUGGCCCGGCAGAAGGGAGUCUUCUACCUGACCCUAUUCCUCAUCGUUGGGACCUGCUCUCUCUUCUUUGCUUUCGAAUGUCCGUACCUGGCUGUCCAUCUGUCUCCUGCCAUACCAGUUUUCGCUGCUCUGCUCUUCCUCUUUGUCAUUGCCAUGUUGCUGAGGACCAGCUUCAGUGACCCCGGGGUGCUGCCACGGGCUCUUCCAGAGGAAGCCACAUUCAUCGAGAUGGAAAUUGAGGCUGCCAAUGGGAACGUCCCCACAGGGCAGCGACCCCCACCUCGAAUCCGCAAUGUUCAGAUCAACAACCAGAUCGUCAAGCUCAAGUACUGCUACACAUGCAAGAUCUUCCGACCACCUCGAGCAUCUCACUGCAGCAUCUGUGACAACUGCGUUGAUCGUUUUGAUCACCACUGUCCAUGGGUAGGCAACUGUGUGGGCAAGAGGAACUACCGAUUCUUCUACAUGUUCACCCUGUCGCUCUCCCUGCUCACCAUUUAUAUCUUCACCUUCGACAUCAUUCAUGUGGUGAUGCGUUCAGUAGACAAUGGCUUUUUGAACACUUUGAAGAUAACACCUGGAACUGUGCUGGAGGUGUUGGUGUGUUUCUUCACCCUGUGGUCAGUGGUGGGACUGACCGGCUUCCACACCUACCUGAUCUCUCUCAACCAGACCACCAACGAGGAUAUUAAAGGAUCCUGGUCGGGAAAGAACAGAGUCCAGAACCCGUACAGCCACAAGAACAUCAUUAAAAACUGCUGCGAGGUGCUCUGUGGGCCUGUGUACCCGAGCGUCUUGGACAGAAGAGGACUGAUGCAGGAGGAUUCAUCUGUUUCUGCAACGUCUGCUGCACCCUCCUCCUUCAGCAGCAGCAACCCAGUGUCACAAACCACGAAAACCACAGCUCCACUCAUCCCUAACGAGCACACACCUGAUGAUGCCAAGCCGAGCAUUGCCGCUUCAGCAGAGACGAGCGCCCCCCCCAAAGACGAAGUCCCUCCUGCUCCAAAGGUCCCGCCCCUGGCUUCACCCGAGACGGAUGCAGAGGCAUCCAUCGUUAAGGACAAGGCCCAUUAGCUGCAUGAGGGGGUGGCUCUCGUUGUAGCCAUUUCCCCCUGCAUCCUGCCUGGUCAGGAACUGAAACAUUAAUAAUCAAUGUGUGAUUACUGUGCGGGUGACUCAGUUAUUCUCCGACGCCCGCCCUACAUUCCACCAGAAGAGGAGAGUUUCUGCAGCAGCUCCUCCUCUUCCCUCUUCUCCUCACCAGUAGCUGCAGAGCCGUUUGAUUGACACCUACUCCUGCUGCAGGGGGAGGGAUUUAAUGGAAAGUCAGCAGCUUCCUCUGUGUCCUGAACACUGCAUGGAAAAGACACGCAGGGGGAGAAGCUGCUGGAAGAACUGCAGAGAAAAAAAAUCUAUGCGUAUGAAUUCCCCACAAGUCACCUGUGGGUCGCUCUGAUUGUCAGUACUACUUUUGUUCUUUAUUUAAAAUUGCAUAAUGACAUUUGUUGUGAGAGGCCAGUUCAAAUAUACUCCUUGCAAGUGUCUGGCAAAGACAAUAUUACUUCUGGACAUGUAUAAAACGUCAUACAUAGUUUUCUGUUGUGUGCAUAUUACAUGCCCUAUGCAAACCAUGGGAAGGCUGGACAAGCAGCUUUUAGAUGAGUGUGGACAGAAGGGUUAACACCUGAUGUCCAGGCAGGGGGAGGAUGUGCAAAUCCUUAGCUUGAGAUAUCCUAAAGGCUCCUUCCAGAAAAGUCUAAAUCUACCUUGUAUUCUGAUAUUGCUGCAUCAGUACUGUUGUUACUUACGUGCAUCUUUUUUUUUUUUUAAAGUGAUCCAGACCAACGCAUGUCCUUCCAUUUUUAUAUAUCACGGAUGUAGUGUGACGUCGGUGCUCUGAAAUAGAUGAAAUUGCUGGACGCACAGAUAAAGUCUUGUACCCAGGAGACGCUCGGCCAGAGUCCCAUUGUCUGUGAGAGAAAGGGCCUGACUUCUGAUGAUAGUAGGCACAAGUAGUAACAGUGCCUUAUCAUAAUGCAACUUAGGACCAACAGAGAAGGCUUGAGAUCCGUUCUAACCACUGAUACUGUGUUAAAUGAGAAAUGCCAACGUUUAUACACUUAAUUAGUCUAGUGGUUCCCAACCUGGAGGUUAGGACCCCCAUAAGGGGUCACGCGAUUAUUUAAGGAAUAGACAUUUUGGGAAAAAGCUUAUUUGCUUUCCUGCUGAGAGUUAGAUAAGAAGAUCGAUACUCUCAUGUCUGUAUAGUAAAUAUGAAGCUACAGCCAGGAGAUGGUUAGCUUAGCAUAAAGACUGGGAACAGAGGGAAACAGCUAGCCUGGCUCUGUCCAAAGGUAAAACAUGAGCCUGCCAGCACCUCUAAAGCUCACUAAUUAUUAUGCUGUAUCGCAUUUGAUUAUUGUGUACAAAACACAAAAAGUGUAUUGUUUUUACAGCUGGAACUUUCUUGACUUCCUGUCAUUCUCACACUUUGUUUUUGUUUUUUUGUACAGAUUAAAUUAAAAAAAAUAGCUUUAGAGGUGCUGGAAGGUGUAUUUUUGAACUUUGGACAGAGCCAGGCUAGCCAUUUCCCUGUUUCCAGUCUAAUGCUAAGCUAUGCUAACCAGCUGCUGGCUGUAGCUUCAUAUUUAGCGUACAGACAUGAGAGUGACAUCGAUCUUCUUAACUAACUCUUAGCAAAAAAUCUAAUCAAAAGUGUAUUCCCUGAUAAAGUAUUCCUUUUAACAGAAUAGGAAAAAGACAAAUUUCAGCUACAUAAUACUAAAAUGUGUGCUUUUUCUCUUAUGAAAUACUGUGAAUAUUUCCCCUUAGAAAU